AUGUCGUCCUAUACACCACAGACAGAUUUGCCGCUUGAACGGUCUCGUCUUAUUGGAGUGAUUUUGGGGGGUAUAUCUUACGGUGCAUACCUUCUCCUUACUGUACAAGCGGUGAUCGCUCUCAUGCAACGUCCCCGAAAUGGGCAGAAAAUUGCAAAUAAUCGUCGCACGCUUCUUUGUUACACUCUCAUCACGUUCGCGCUUGGGACGGUAUGCUUUGCUGGCACUACAAAAUAUACGGAGAUGAUUUGGAUAGACCUUCGUGAUGCACCUGGUGGCCCCAUUGCAUUGAUUGAGAACCCAAUGCAUUACCGCAUCAACUUUAUGGCUAUAUUCUGUGGUUAUGUCGGGGAGUGGUUGAUGCAAGCACUGCUUCUUUACCGAUGUUUCGUGAUAUGGAAUUGGGAGAGAUACGUGAUGGUCCCCAUGGUCGCCCUCUAUACUGGCAUGAUUGGGGUAGCCAUCGUCGUCUUGGUCCAGGCAGGUACCGGGGCUGUAUUUUACCAUAUCAACGCCACACUUGCAUACCUCGCCUUCCAAGUGGCGCACACCAUGCUUUAUACCAUUCUCGUGGCGAAGCGUUUGCUCUCCAUACGGGGCCUGAUGAAGACAGCGUUGGAUGAAUAUGAUUCUGGCACCUAUGAUACCAUCAUCCUCAUGGUCGUUGAAUCCGCCAUGGCAUACACUAUCUUUGUCAUCAUCUACAUAGUUGCAUUUGCUGUGCAUUCAAACUCUCUCUCCACGCUAUGUUUCUUGUCUAUUAACCAAGUUCAGGGCAUCACGCAAUUAUUCAUUAUCAUACGUGUGGCACGAGGGAGGGCAGUUACACAUGACUGGUCGACCCGAAAUGCUCCAGCAGCACCUACGACUCUAGCAUUCGCA